AUGCCCUCGCCGUCCGUACCGCCCAUCUCACUCCCGCCGGGCAAGGGUCACGCCGUGCCCCGCGGCGCGGGACAGCGCAUCCGAGUCACGAAUCGAUCACGACUACGAAUCUAUUAUGGCUCUCUCGAGGCCGACUCCGUCAUACUGGAUGAGGACGGCUCUGGGAACGGGUUCGCAACGGCUGGUGUUGACGCUGAGGAUGCCAAAGAACACCACUUGCAAGUUGUGCUCUCAUUGCAGUCUUUGGAGGGAAGCUGGAGUAAUACCAUCAAGGAAGAAGAAGGGGAGAAGGACGAAAAAGAUGAAUCUACAAAAGAACGAGACGUCCGAGCAUUUAUUCCCGUGCCGGACGCCGCUGGGCUCAUCGCCGAUCCUGACUACGAACACCUGUAUUCUUCAGGAUCACCGUGGAAGGACUCGACCGAGUACAUUCGCUUCAGCGAUACCAUCGAUGAGACACUAGAAUCGGGGUUGAGAGAUGGCUAUACGUAUGAUUUAGACGACGGGGACGAGUAUUGGAUGCAGCGGCACGAGCAAGAUCCCGACGGGCACGGCAACCACACCCCAGGGGGCCGAACAUCGCGAAUGAAAACAAAAACAAAAGAAAUCGACAUGCCAGCAUUAAACAUCGAAAAAUCAGAAUAUGAGCUGGCAAUGGGCUUGCUAGAGAUGUUAUGCGAUUCUCUUCGUCCAACACUGCAUACCGACUUAUCGAAAAUUCCCGGCCUCUCAGAUAUGGAGGAACACUUCGUGCACGAGCUAGAGGAGGAGUAUUUCGCGACAUAUGAGGUACCGUCCACCGUGCCAAAGCCCGAACGAUUGUGGUCGUUGGUUCGUACACUAUAUCCGUUCUGGAAAGAACAGAGACUUGCGCGUGGGGGACAUCGCAUCGUGCCUCAGCUAAACACCGAUGAGACACUCGAAGACGAUCACUUCGUUUGUUUCCGGAGGCGUGACCCCAAGGCAAUUCGACGUACGCGGCGAUCUGACACUACGCACAUUGAGAAGCUUGCUCGACUCCGGAUGGACUUCGAACAACUCGAGGAUAUUGCGCGGAGCAGUCUAAUACGCGAACAAAAGAAGUCUGACCAAGUACUCUCUGAGCAGACUUUGUACGAGGCAAGGAAGCGAUUCUCCCAUGUCGCUCGUCGUCCAGAAGUCUCCCAUCAUCCGGAUGACGACAAGCUGCUCCUGCCGAACUAUCAAGAGCCGAAGCUGCUCGUUCAGCUGCCGACAAAGAAGGUGCACAGGCUCGAAGAAAGUUUGCUCAGGGAGCUCCAAAGACAAAAGACGGUUAACAUGAGAGAAGUCGUUGCGGAGCAAACAAAGCAGGCGUACCGUAAAAGGAAGUUGGAGGAUGAGGACUACGAGAACCAGAUCACUGCAAUCGCACAGCCAAAGAUUCAACGCACGGGCAUGUACGAGUUUCAAUGGGUGUCUCAGGAAGUCAAGACAGACAAUAUGCCCCUCUCACCUCGCGUUCUCGCUGAACAAGGUACGAACGUGGGAUUCCGUGUACGGCGUGGUCGUGGUGGUACGAUCCGCUGCGAUCGUCUUCUUCCUCGUCAUGCUCGGAGACAUCUUGCCGAAGGCAAAGGCCUUUUCACCAGGAAGCCCCUUGCCGUAGAGGCUUCCAGCGACUCUCAGAAAGAAGAUGUCUCAGACAGCCUACCGGCCCUCUCAUCAGACAGUGAUCUCACAGCUUCUUCCAGCGAUUCUGAGGGUGCAAAGGAGUCCUUUCGGCGAUACUUCUUUGGUACAGUUCAAGCCUCGUCAGAUCCAGACUUGGUCAAGCAGGGCAUACAGGUUGUGGAUGACUAUGAUGUUCAGUUCUCAAGACGUCGUGCUCUUCUCCAUGACCCCGGCAAGCCCAACCCUCUUCACACGGACAACAGCUACUUCGUUGCUGCACAUUCCUUCAUUCGAGAAACGCGGACGAAGGAAUCGAAAGUUCCGCUUUGGCCUUCCAUGAGACCAACUCUCGCUCCUGUUCGCAUCUCCGGGCUUAAAGUCGCUAUCCCCCAAGCCCCGCAAACUGCCAUUGCGUUGCAUGCUAUCAAGACAACUGCUCCACCGCUGUUGCCAGGUCAGGUACAUAUGGCGCCGUCAAACGACCGGCAUGCCGUGCCCUCGCCAGGAGCCCUUCAGGCAGGCGGACACUCUCAGUCUAAUAGUGACCCUCCACAAAGCUCGCAUUCAGUCUACCCGCGCAGUGCCAAUCCGUCCUCUGCUGUGGGCGAAGCGGUGAGUCCCAGCAAGCCCGGCCCGCCUCCUCCCUCCGCCUCUCCAAAACAUGCUGUAGCGAGCAGACCACAACAUGGCGAGCAUGAGGCUUUGCCACGAUAUCCUAUUCCAUCUGCCAAUCACACGGGACCUACCAAUGGGCUAGGUUUGCAGCUUGGGCCCACGGACUUGAAGCUGGUCACUGCUGCCACUUCGCCUGUCAGCAUGUUCCCACAAGCCCAACCGUAUGCUGGAACAUAUAAUCAAUCGCUCUCGGGGCCCACCAUUCGAUCCGAAGGCGUGCGUUCUGGCGACCAUCAGAGGAUGCCGCAGCCCGGAAUGCCAGCAGUUCCUCCAUACACCGGAAUGCCUAUGACCAACUAUCCCUUGUAUCCUCAAAAUGCGGGCAAUCCUGCAGCAACCGCAGCAUACUAUGCUCAGACGAUGAACGGCCUUGGAUUGGCUCCUGGUCAAACGCCACAGGGUCCUUCCAUGUUCCACCCUCAGGACUAUGGCCGGUAUUACACCCAGCUUUGGCAGGCGUAUCACGCGAUGAAUCCAGGUCACGGAAAUGGGUCUCCCCAUCCCCACCAACCCGGCUCAGGGGAGGUACCUCAGCAUUUGCAACAUGGAUUCCGUCUGAAUUCAAUGGAUCUCCAGAGCUUCGCACAGUAUCAAUCAUCUGGCUUGAACUUGCGGGUCCCUCAAGUUCGUCAAAAGCCAGGAUUAAGCUCGGCUGUGCCCAUGCAGACCACAACACCAGAAAGACACACGCCGCAGGCAUACGUAUCUGAUCACCCUCCAACUUAUCCCACACCGCUCACUCGCCCUCCUUCCGAACCAAGAGAUUUGGAAUCGUCUCCCUCUGGACCGCGUCGAGGCAGUGACUCUGGCACUGACAACGGCGUUUCUUCUCCGGCAAACCCGUCGACUCUGCCCACGACCCCUAUCUCACAGCCCGCUGUCUCGCAGGGCAAGUCGCCAAUCGAAUAG